UGCCUCCACCUCCACUCCGCGCUGAGUAGUCGUCGCGAGUGCAGGCGCUACGCGCUUCCCUUAUCUCUCCGCUUGUAUCGGUGCGUUUGUUCCGCUCUAAGCAGCUCUUCGCGAUCAUCGUAACUAUCACUUUCGCUGACGCGUCUGUCUUGGCAACGAUGGCACUGUGAUAUCUAGUGCAGUUUUAAUAUCUUAAAGUGAGACUACUUUACAAGACGAUAAUGCCACACUGGGUAACCGCUGAAGAAGGCACUGACACCGAAUCUCCUGACCAAGUUAUGUUAUAUUACGAAGAUGACGCUUCAGAAUACUAUGAUAAUAAACCCGACGGCCCAGACAAUAUAGAAGAACAAAAUGGAGAUUUUUAUGAUAGUGGUAGCGGAAGUGAUGAGCCAGUGCAGCGCAGGAUGCGGCCAAGACGCGCUGUAGUAUUAGGGUCUUCAUCAUCAGCCGGCAGUACGGGACCUCCUUCAGGACCCGGUCGACGGCGGAGGUGUGGCAUUUCCGCUCGUGAACGCAACCUCCGUCGUCUCGAGAGCAAUGAAAGAGAAAGAAUGCGAAUGCAUUCCCUCAAUCGAGCUUUUGAGGAUUUACGUCGCGUAAUUCCACAUGUGAAAAAAGACAACAGAAGUCUUUCAAAGAUAGAAACCCUUACCUUAGCCAAAAAUUACGUGAAAGCCCUCACGAAUGCUAUUUGCACAAUGAGAGGUGAAGUUGCUCAUUAUUCAUUCAAUAGCGACGAUGAAAACGUGGAACCCGCAUUCGUAUUGAAUAGGAGGGAUCAGGAGCCGAACAACAACGAGACUGUCAGUACGGACCAGCAAGAAAUUACGACACGGACGCAAGGUUUCUUCUGACCUUUGCGGUCUAGUGCUCGCAUAGCUGCCAAAAUGCAUGCUGCGACCACCGCUACUCACGACAAAUUUCUGAUGUAAUACGACGACUGGAUUGCCGACGUUUUCAAUUUUAAUUCAAUUAUUUACUGGUUUUAAAUGAAUGUCAGAUAUUUUUAUAGUAGAGCUUUGGCCAAAAUCAUAUCUGAGUCAAUGUGAUGUGAUACCCUUACUUUUUUUCCUGACGUGGCUAGUGGAUCCAUUCGGUCCAUUUAAUUUAAGCUCUAAUCAAAUGAUACAUAAAUAUAUAAAAUAAAAUAGACUUAUAACAUAAUUUUUUGUAAAAUUUUCAUAAGCAACAAAUUUUGUUUAGUCUUUCCAUAUGUUUCGAUGUUUUAAACAAUAGUAUUAA